CAUUCAACAAGCUGAGAGAGGUCACAAUCCUGUUGAUUAUCGAAUUUUAUAAUUCGUAAUUUUUUUUCCACACAAAAACCAAACACGAGCCAUAUGUCAUCAUCGUUAUUUUAGUAAUCGAACAUUCUAUUCUUAAUCGUUCAAUAAUUUAAGAAAAAAAAAUGCCUAAAGCUUUUCUUCUCAAGAAAAAAUCUUCAACCAUUCUGAAUGGACCAAUUCGAUCCAUUUCACCAAAAUUAUUUUCACCAUCAUCAUCAUCUGGAAUAGGAUCACCACAUUCAUCUCAUAUGAGUACAGAAUCAAUGUCGCCACGAAAUGAUCAAGAAAAUCAUUUUGAUCAAUCAUCAUCGUUAGUUAAAUAUUCAUCACCAUUGAAUGAGAAUCAAGGUCUAGAUUUAAGCAUUAAAAGCCUGCUAAAAGAAUCGAAUAGUUCAUCAUCAACAUUCGUUUCGAGCUAUCCGUACCCGGCAAAAUUCGCUAAAAUUGCCGAUUUUUUACGCACGAAUUUGAAUGAAUCAUCCAAUAAACAACAACAACAACAACAACAGCCGGUGCCUUUGGUCACACCCGUCAACACCCCAAUCACUGAAGCUAUUGAUUAUAGCGUGAUUGAUACAACUAAACCACAAUCAUCAUUAAAACCAAUCAACUAUUCAAGAACGGAAGAAAAAGAAUCUAAUCAUCAUUAUCAACGAAUGCCACCAUACAGUAUUAAUUGGAGUGAACAUUUUUCUGUCAAUCGUGUAAUUGUUUCACCAAAUAGCCAACGAUCUGAUGAUUCUGGACGCGAAAGUAUACAUUCAGCUGAUGAUUUAGAUAUGAAAAUUGAUGUUGAUAAUAAUAAUUCUGAUUUAAAAAUCAACAACAAUGGUCAUAAAAAAUCCGAUCGUUAUCAUUGCCCUGAUUGCAAUAAAAGUUAUUCCACACAAAGCGGUCUGGCUAAACAUCAAGAAUUUCUUUGUACAAGUCAAGUGAAAAAAUCAUUUAGCUGUAAACAUUGCGAAAAAGUUUAUGUAUCAUUAGGAGCAUUGAAGAUGCAUAUCCGUACACAUACGUUACCAUGUAAAUGUAAACUUUGUGGCAAAGCAUUUUCUCGUCCAUGGUUAUUACAAGGUCAUAUUCGUACACAUACCGGAGAGAAACCAUUUGCAUGUCAAUUUUGUAAUCGUGCAUUUGCCGAUCGUUCUAAUCUUCGGGCUCAUCUUCAAACACAUUCAGUAGUAAAAAAAUAUAGCUGCAAAACAUGUAGCCGAACAUUUUCUCGUAUGUCAUUAUUAUUGAAACAUGAGGAUAAUGGUUGCAAUGGUAUUAAUCGAUCCGUCGUUCAUCAUCAUCAUCAUCAUCAAUCGACAAAUUCAAAUCAAACCAUGACAAUGGUUCCAAUUCAAGUUUGAUUAGAAAAGAUUGUUUUUUUUCUACUAUGUCAAUAAUCACCUAGUCUUUAUCAU